UCGGUCCACUUUUAUUCAUCGUGAGCGCCCUCUGCUGCGCCUCCGGAUGAACUACAGGUUCAUCUACCGUGGGAUUAACAGGAAGUGACGCCACUGAAACCAGCUAACUUUGUCCUGGAGACGGUUUGUGUGGCUGGCGGGAAACCAGUGAAAGCAGGUAAACCAUCAGUGUUUGAUCCCAGGAUGAAAUGCAGACAGCUGCGAUGGAUCCAGCGGACGAGCCUCCGUCGAUGUUGUGGGGACUGGAUCCGGUGUUUUCCGCCUUCGCUCGGCUGUAUAUCAGAGACAUCCUGGAGAUGACGGAGUCCACCCAGGUACCAGGGAUUUACUUCUACAACCUGCACCCGAUCUCCAAAGUCGAUGUGCUGGGAACGGUGGUCUACAAGAGGGAGAGGGAAGACUUCUUCUGCUAUGGAGUGGAUGAUGGUACGGGCGUUAUAAACUGCCUGUGCUGGAAAAGUGACGUCCUGAAAGAGGAGCGGGAGCCGAGCAAGUACAUGUCCUUGUCCUCCUUUGUCAGCCUGGUGAUGCUUCAGAUGCAGAAUCGAUACAGAAGCAGCUCGAAGAGUCACGACGAACAUCUGUCUUUCAGAGACUCGGCUGUCAGCUCCCUCAGCAGGGCAACAAAGAUCUUGAAAGACUUUUUAAAGCAGAAGUCAGUGAGCAGGUUCAGACCCUACGAUGUCCAGGACCUCCUGCAGCCUCUGAUCUCCAGCCCGCCUCAGGCAGCAUCCGCUGACCAGGUAUGAACUGGGAGGGGACGUGGAACCAGUCGUCACAUCUCGAA